CUGAAACCGAAAAAGUGCUUGAAAUCCCCUUUUAAUUGAGCGAUCCAAUUGAAUGUUUUGACAUAAUAUUAUGCAAUUCACAACUGUUAGAAAUCACACACACAAAUAUCGAUCCUGUUCUCGGUUCGUAUCGCAACUUAGGUAAGUAAUUCCGCCUUUUUUUCGAUUUACAAUAAUGAUAUAUAUAUAACACUGAGAUUUUUCUUCUCUGGAAAGCUGCCAGUGUGCCGUGUGUGAUUUUAAAUGUCUGGUCAAAUGCAAGGGGACGCGCCGAAGGUUCGCGUUUUUUCUGUAGCGGUUUCGAACUCUACAUCAGCAAAAAAACAAACUUUCCUUUACGGCGGAAGUGCCAUAUAAGAUUGUAUUUUCACUGAGUAUUUUAGAAGUGUACUGAAGCUCAUAAUUUUUUCUCAUGUCAUAUUUUCUUGAAGAUCGCGAAUUCAUCAAGGACAAGUACAGCGUUGGUUUCAAUCAUUGAACAAAAAUUUCACUCGGCAAGAAAACAUUUUUUUUAACAAACGAAACUGAAAUUUCCCCUUUUAAAAGUCUUGGCAAGCAUUAUCAUUACGUCAGAAUAAUAAAAUCGUGUACUCAUUAAUUAUUAAUCAACAAUCACUGCGCACAGUUUUAACACGAUCUAACGAAACUCGAUAUGCAGGGAGCAAAAGUUUAUGCCAAUGUUAAUUUAGCUUUCACUUUUUUGAGAAGGAUUAGGUCACGUAAUGGCACGGCGGAAUCGGUACUAUUUUUGAAACAAUUUUUUGAUUAAUGCAAAUUGCCUCCUGUUUUACGCAAUGUUUCAAAGUUCUGAAGCUGUAACUUCCUUCUCUUUGUCAAAAACCGGAAUCGUCCAUAUCCCUACCUGUUAUAUCGCCUCGGUCAGUCAAAGGUCGUCAAACGCCUUCAAAAAUCAACAGUCUUCAAAUGGUUAAUAAAUUUCAUGAAUAAAAGACCCCCAUAAAAAGGUAAAGCUUUCGCUUUCUCGAAAAACCGUAGGCCAUGUUUUGGCAGCGGACUUGGUUACUGAUUUUGAAUAAGGCUAAUGCUUGUUGUAUGUAUAUCGUCACGGCCGGUUUCCUUUUGGUUUUACGUAAGAGAGAACUUCUUGUUUCACGCGCCAGUGAAAGUUCCGAAACUAUAGAGCAUCCAGUGGUUCCCUUUAUAGAAAAGUAGCCACACCCCGUGCUACUUUUAUCGAACAAUCUUUUCUCUAGUAGUUUACCCAAUCCUUAAUUUUUUAACUUCAUAAAUAAAAGUAAGUCAGCUUAGCAUUCCCUUUUUUAUAAACCUCCUGGCAAACACUGUCAAUGAUUUUGUAUUAGGCUAUUGCAAUUAAAACAUGUUAAUGCAGCUUACACCUUUUCGAGAAACUGUAGGCUUCCUCGUGGUAGACUUUGAUUUUGAAUCGGGCUUACGUAAAUUGCCAGUUUCCUGUGUCUCGUUAAUACAAAGUUCCAAAGCUAUAACUCCCUCCCCUUUAAUGAAAACUGAGUGACCACAUCUCAACUUCUGUUUAUCGGCUCAUUUCUUAGAUACUCAGAGAAGAUGGCAGACCUCGGUACCGCACGACCUCUCAAUGUUGAAACCAGCUGUAUAGAAACUCCACAAAAUUAUGGUCUAAGCCAAGCUUCCUAUAGCUGUCGAUGUUUGCGUUCGAUAAUCCCAAUUUUCCUUAUUCUGGCAUGCGCUGGUUUUGUGGUGUUUGUGGCGGGAAUUACUUCACUGGUAGCCCACGGUCCAGAGAAUGGAGGAGCCAUAUUAGCAGGCGUAGGCUGUUCCGUUUUCGCGUUUGGCAUGUUUUGCGUGGCGGUUGUUAAGAUAAAGCAAGUACGAUCGCUGAAAGGUGCUACUUGGCAGAAUGAUAGAACUGAAAUGGUUGUACUAGACAGUACCCUGCGAGCGUAUUCAGCUGGCGGUUUCUCUGCAUUCACAGGUUUGUACUCACACAGCCUACUUAUACCCGAUGGCUAUAGUCCUCCAAGAUACGAAGAUGUUAUUGGAUCUACCGAUCGCGCUCGCCACGCUCAGAUUGAAACAGUUUCCCAUCGGUCCAAAUCUGAAUCAGAUACAUCAAAGGCAUUUGAUACACCUCCUCCAUACGAACAAGCAGUAUCUUUUUUAGGAGAGAGCCCAAUUAAUGUUGAUCAGUGCUAAGACGUUGUUCUAUUGUUAACAAAAAAGGGCAACACGUCACAGCAAUUUAUCGAUGCCCCCUGGUAUGAAUUCAGAACUGGCACAUAAUUGACAUGUGCAUAUUAAGUUUUUCUUUUGAGACUACAGCCGAAAUGUAAGUCUCUUUGUUAUAAGGAUUACCGCCAAGCUCUAGUAUUAGAGGCUGCCAUUGCACUGACAGUAGGGACUUAACUGGAUCCAACGACGCGAACGGCAAGGAGAACGUCAAAAAAACAAUUGGUUUAAUAAGCAAAACAACAACUUCGCACGUGCAUCACGCUUUUUUGUACAUUUCUUUUCUGUUUUUGCACGACUACGACGUGAAAAUGCCUAAUUUGGCGUUUUAUGGAGGACGUAAACAAGCAACAACGAAAUUUUAUUUCUCUUUCUGAGCUUGGAUAUAUGGUCCCUUGAAAUUUAGCUUCAGGAGGGUUCGCCUACAUUUCACAAAGUAAAAAGGGAGGAAUAAUCGCUAUUAAGACUGAAGGAACGUAAAUUCACUUUUUAAGCGACGUUCUCGUUAGCGUCGCGUCGUUAGAUCUUAAAGUCCCUUUUAUAUAAAUAUUAACUAGUUAUCACGACAAGAAUAUUUUUCUAAGUGGAAGUGAAGUCUCUUCGGUACUCUGAGUUGAGUGCCGAUAUACUGAAAGUGCAGUGUAAGUGGUCACAGAUAAUUUGCUUAAAACAAUAUCACUGUGUUUAAUGUUUUCAGCUCGAGGGGCGAGGAUACAAUGUAAAUGAAUCACGUAUUUCAAUUUAAACGCGAUGAAAGUACUUACGUAUACGUUAUGGAGGAGGAAAUUGAAAAAUGCUAUUGAUGAUUAUUAUAAAUUUUGAUUAUAUCAAAGAUUAGAACAUUAUGUAGCGAUGUUUCUGAAGAAGGCUGGGGAAGCGGAGGGCCAUGUUCAGCUUCAAACCUUAUUCUGGGCUAAGUACUAAAAAUCUCUUAAUUGGUUGUCACCAGAAACUUCAAUCAUAUUCAAAAACCGCUCAUAUGUGAUAAAUAUGACAGUUUACCACGCAGUUUGCCCCUCUGUUUGUGAUCGACUCAACGCUGCUAAUGUGACGUAAACACAAGUUGCGCCUAUAAAAUGAGUUUUUCCUAGACAAUUCCCUUUCCUAUAUAUGCUCUGGCGUCAAGCAAAGUAAUCACGCUUCCAGACUGGUGAGAUAUUAUAGUUUAAUCAAUUAAAAAACGGCUGUGUCAAGGAUUUUUAGCUAUCGUCUUAAACCUCCUUCUCCUUGAAAUCCGGAAUAAAGCAGG